UUUCCCGCUUUCCCAUACCGCCGCGGCAGUAUGCACACACACAGUACUGUGCAGUGGCAAUACGGUGGGGGUAAUAUGGUCGGGGCUAGUUACGGGGAACACCAGGCCUAACAACGGCCUGACACUUUGACAAUUGGAAAUUUAGCUCCAAUGUUUAGCAACUAUCAAUAAUUCUCUCUCUCUCCCUGGUGCGCUCGCGCGGCACACUGCCUGCACUGUGCGUUUAUGUGCGGGCUGCGUUGAUAUGUACCGAAGUGCUUGUGUGCUGUUGUACGAGAGCCACACAACGACAGAUCGACUUGAUGAACAGUGCGCACCGCACACGGAUAUAUGUGUAUGAUUAUUAUCAUUUUACACACAUGCGGAUCCGUCUUAUAUUCUCCUGCCAUGCACCCGCGCGCGAGUGUGAUGGAAUGAUAACACAACAACGGAUCAUUUAGCCGAUGGUUUCCUGUUGGAUGGUAUUGACUAACCGUGGAUUAUUGUUCUCGGACGGAUUGUUAUUAUGUUGGCCCCGUCGUCCAGUGAGGAUGAGGACGAGAGCUAUGUACCGCAUAAUCAUCAGCCGCUGUCGUCGCAGUCGCAGCAUCAGCCCGAUCGCGCUGAUAGUACAUCAUUGGCUUCCACCGUUACCGAUCGCACUUACUUACCGGGCCAGCUCAGUGGGGAUUCCCGUAGUCUACAACUGCCGCCCAUCUCCAGUAAUGCUUCCUUACGGAGUCUCCUCACGCCGGCCUCGUCCGAGCCGUCGACCAGGGUGGCCAGUGCGGCGCAAGUGCGCCCCUUGAGUCCCAGUCCCUCGGUAACAUCGGAGCCGCCCACCGCCCAGCAUGGCCGUGCCGUCAACAGCCUGCACAGUCAGGACAGUAAGGAUAUGGACGCGGUGGAGCGGGCCGAGAAGGAGGAGGAAGAGCGCAAACGGCGUCUACAGCUGUACGUCUUUGUGUCGCGCUGCGUGGCCUAUCCCUUCAACGCCAAACAGCCCACUGAUAUGACCAGGAGGCCGUUCAAGAUGACCAGACAGCAGCUGCAGUUAACGAAGGAACGCUUCCAAGCAUUUCUCAACGGUGAUACGCAGAUCGCCGCCGAUGAGGCCUUUAUUAACUCCAUUAAGCAGUACAUGGAGACCUUUCUGAAAACCGACUCCUGCGCCAAAAUGGUCCAGAGUGGCGGCUGUUCCUCCAAUGAUUCGGAAAUCUUCAAGAAAAUGAUCGAAAAACGAAUCCGCAAUCUUCCAGAAAUUGAUGGCCUUAGUAAAGAUACGGUGAUGAACUCGUGGCUUACCAAAUUCGAUACGAUAUUCCGCGGUGAUGACGAUCAGCGGAAGGGCAUGCGCCAGACGCAAAACGCCGCAUCCGCUUCCGAGCUGAUCCUCAAUAAAGACCAACUCUAUGAUGUGUUCCAGAAGAUUCUCGGUAUUAAGAAAUUCGAGCAUCAACUCCUCUUCAAUGCCUUACAGUUGGAAAAUUCCGACGAGCAAGCGGCAGCCAUCCGGCGCGAGCUAGACGGUCAAAUGCAGAAGGUCAACUCCAUGGAGAAAAAUCGUAAAUUACUCCCUAAAUUCGUGGUGAAGGAAAUGGAGAGUUUAUUCCUGGAGGAACUCCGCUCCGGCAUCAAUCUGCUGAUGGCCAAUCUGGAGAGUCUUCCCGUGUCCAAAGGCGCCACUGAUUCCAAAUACGGCCUGAGAAAAUUCGGACGCUAUAAUAACAGUUUCCGACGGUCGCGGCGCGGCACGAAUUCUUCCCUGAACAAGCACGAGUCGAGCGACAGCAGCGAGGGCGGCUUGAACAAACUGGACGUGGUUUUAUCCUUCAACAUCGAGAUCAUCGUGCAGGAAGUGCAGGGCCUGAAGAUCAUCGCGCCCAACCGCAUCAUCUUCUGCACCAUGGAGGUGGAGGGCGGCGAGAAGCUGCAGACGGACCAAACUGAAGUGUCCAAGCCGCACUGGGACACCCAGGGCGACUUCACCACCACCCAUCCCCUGCCGGUGGUCAAGAUCAAACUCUACGCCGAAAGCAACUCCGUCUUCUCCCUCAGCAACCAGGAGUUAGGCAGGCUGGUGGUGCGUCCCAUACCCAACACCAACCGGGUGGCGGAGUGGAAUAAACUGGAAGUGCCCAAAAAUUGUCCGGAUCAGAAUCUCAAGAUGAAGAUCACACUUCGCAUGGACCGGCCGCAAAAUAUGAAGUGCUGCGGUCAGCUGUACGCGCUGGGCAAGCAUGUGUGGAAGAAAUGGAAGAAACGGUUUAUGGUGCUAGUCCAGGUCUCGCAGUACACGUUCGCCAUGUGCAGCUACAAGGAGAAGAAGAGCGACCCGACGGAGCUGACCACCCUGGACGGCUACACCGUGGACUACACGGAGCCGCUGCAGGAUUACGAGGGCGGCAAGCACUUCUUCAGCGCCGUCAAGGAGGGCGACACGCUCAUGUUCGCCUCCGACGACGAGAACGAGCGCCAUCUGUGGGUGCAGGCCAUGUACCGCGCCACUGGCCAGGCCCACCGCCCCCAGCCACCGGCCACGCUGACCAUCACCAACACCAAGGCGCCCGCCAAUUCCCCGCUGAGCCGGCUGCAGGGCGACGCGGAUCGGGCGCGUAAACACGGCAUGGACGAGUACAUCCAGGCUGAUCCCUGCCAGUUUGACCAUGCCGCCUUGUUUAGGACGCUGCAGACGCUGACGCUGGAUUAUCGAUUAAACGAUCUUUUUGCCUCCCUCGGAUGGUUCAGUCCGGGCCAGCUGUUUGUUUUGGAUGAGUAUUGUGCGCGGUAUGGUGUGCGGGGCUGUCACCGGCAUCUGUGUUAUCUGGACGGACUGUUGGAGCGCGCGGAGAAGACCGUGGCCAUCGAUCCAACGCUGAUGCAUUACAGUUUCGCUUUCUGUGCCUCCCACGUUCACGGCAACCGCCCGGACGGGAUUGGAACCGUGAUAUUGGCGGAAAAAGAGAGAAAUUCGACGAGCUAAAAAGAACGCUUGAGGAAUUUGUUGGAAUUCCAGAUAACGAAUUUUCGGUUCUGCUUCCCGAUGGGUCGGCCGGAAGGCGCCCUCAAAGCCAGUCUUUCCCUGUUGGAGCGGGUGCUGAUGAAGGACAUUGUGACGCCGGUGCCGCCGGAAGAAGUCCGCUCUGUGAUAAAGAAAUGCCUUGAAUCCGCCGCGUUGGUCAACUAUACCAAGUUGUCGGCGCAGGCCAAACAGGAGACCGAAGGCGACCAUAAGGUCGUCGUCAAUCAUUACGAUGAGCACCAAAACGACGGUCCGCCCAUCCGGAAAAUCGAGGACAUUCUGCACUUGUCCGAGCUGUGUACGGAUAUGCUUCAACAAAAUGAGGAGUAUUAUGCCGAGGAAUUUAAAUCGGCCUUUCCCUGGUUGAACGAGCUGCUAAACGAGCACUCGGAGAUCUUCUGGUCCCUCUUCGCCGUCGACCUGGAGGUGGUCAUCUCCGCCCAGCCCCCCGACACCUGGAACGCCUUCCCGGUCUUCCAGGUUCUCAACGAUCACCUUAUACACCACCCCUCGAUGGCUGGUGGACGUUUCCACCAGCAACUGAAGGACAUGUUUGCUCCGUUAGUCGUCCGCUACGUGGAUCUCAUGGAGUCCAGUAUUGCUCAGAGUAUCCAUAAGAACUUCGAAAAAGAACAAUGGAAGCCGCAUGGGCACGGCUGCGCUGCCUCCGAGGAUAUGCUGUGGAAACUGGACGCUCUGCAGACAUUCAUCUCCGACCUGCACUGGCCGGAUGAAGUCUUCGCCAAGCAUCUCGAGCAACGGCUCAAACUGAUGGCCGCUGACAUGAUCGAAUCCUGUGUUAAAAGAACCCUGGAAGCGUACGAAACGUGGAUGCAGCGGGCGCGUAAGUCCACGGAUUUCGUCAUCCCCGGUGAAGUCUGUGUGAUGAUCAACGUCGUCCUCCAUUUUAAAAGCGAGUCGCUCAAGUUAUGCGCUGUGGCUGGUGUGGAUCGGCAUCAGUAUCACACGAAAAUCGAUGAGUUCAUAGAGCGAAUCUCACACGCCAUGAUCAGCAGUCUGGUUGAGAAGUUCACCGCCAUUCUCGACACGGUACUGCAGAAACUAUCCCGCUACGAUGAAGGAACCUUAUUAGCGCCGAUAUUCUCCUUCGCGAAACAAACGACGAGUGGAACGUCCAGCGGCGAUUUAGGCCGCGAAUAUGUCAACUGUCUGCGGUCGUCGAUGGAGCAGAUCCGACAAAAGGUCAUCGAUGAGCUGUUCAUCCUGGCGCUCUUUGAGAAGCUGUAUACGUCGCAGAUGACGAUGAUCUGCAACUGGUUGACGGAGCGCGUUGACCGCACGCUGCAUUCCUACCAAGUGAACUGUCUUUCCUUUCUUAUCAAGAAAACCUUCGCGGAAUUCGAACUGCAAGGUAUCCCCGAGGAUGUGCUGAACUUCAAGAACUACCAGACCAUCCAGAACCGGAUGCGUCUGGAGGAGGCCACGGCGGCCGUGUCGGAGGCCAGCAGUGCCACGCGCAGUCCCCGCACCUCGGCGCUGGGCAUGUUCGAGAAGGCCAAGAAGCUGGCGCUGUCGUAAACGACCGGCAAUGAUGACGUACGGAUGAUGAUGAAGAUGGUUCCCCUGUGCAAUGUGCAUGGUCACUUUGGUUGUGUUUCUCUCCUCUUGUUCCCUUCCGCCUAUACUGGAGCGCUUACUUUUGUACUGAGAUAUUUUUCGUUGUAAUAAAUGGAUCGUUCGGAUGGUGCGAAUGACGACAAUUGCAGUGUUGGUUAGUGCACUGUUUCCUUUCCCUCUGGUGAUGAUUUGAAAUGUACCGUUGAUGUACAAAGAAUUAAUUGCAAAA